UGUCAAAGCUCCGCCUCUCACCUGACAAACAGAAAACAGGUUGUUCUGCCUCACAGACGCACAGACAGACGGUAGGAUUCACCUUCAAACCCAAACCACCGCUACCACUGAGACUGGAGAGAACACUGGGAGGACUGGGAAUGCUGGCAGCACUGAACACUGAAGGUACCAUAACGCUGCCUUUUCAACCUGCUGUUAGCUCCACAUUCUGAACCAGUCGGAGAGUUUUCAAGGAAAAGGGCGUGGCUCUCAUUUUUCCUGCUGGAGCCGUCUACUUGCUGCGUUUUCAGCUUUACUCACAGACUAAAUGGCUUCCAGAUUAGAGGAGGAUCUCUGCUGUCCUGUCUGCCAUGAAAUCUAUACAGAUCCGGUCAUCAUGUCCUGCAGCCACAGCUUCUGUAAAGCCUGCCUGCAGAGCUGGUGGGCACACAAAGAAAAACGGGACUGUCCACUUUGUAAAAGAAGAUCCACAAAGGAUAUACCAUCUCCAAACUUGGUGUUAAAGAACCUGUGUGAGAGUUUCAUAGAGGACAGAGAGCAGAGAUCUGCUGAAGCUCUCUGCAGUCUGCACUCUGAGAGGUUCAAACUGUUCUGUCUGGACCAUCAGGAGCUGCUGUGUGUCGUCUGCAGAGACUCAGAAAAACACAUCGACCACAGAUGCAGACCCAUCGAUGAAGCUGCACAACAACACAGAGAGGAACUUGAGGAAAUUCUGAAGCCCUCAAAGGAGAGGUUAAAGCUUUCUGAACGAGUUAAGGUGCAGCUGGAUCAAACAGCAGCACACAUCAAAGUCCAGGCCCGACACACAGAGAGGCAGAUCAAGGAGCAAUUUAAGAAGCUUCACCAGUUUCUAGCAGAGGAGGAGGAGGCCAGGAUGGCUGCACUGAGGGAGGAAGAGGAGCAGAAGACUGGAAUGAUGAAGGAGAAGAUGGAGGCUCUGAGCAGAGAGAUAGCAGAUCUUUCAGACACAGUCAGAACCACAGAGGAGCAGCUGAGAGCUGAAGACGUCUCAUUCCUGCUGAACUACAAGGCUGCAGCAGAAAGAGUCCAGUGCAGCCCCCUGCUGGAGGAUCCACAGCUGCUCUCAGGAGCCCUGAUAGAUGUGGCCAAACAUCUGGGCAACCUGACCUUCAACAUCUGGAACAGCAUGAAGGACGUGGUCUCCUACACUCCUCUGAUUCUGGAUCCAAACACUGCAAAUCCAGAACUCGUCCUGUCUGAGGAUCUGUCCAGCGUGACACGAAGGAGGAGGCAGCAGCUUCCUGACAAUCCAGAGAGGAUUAAAAACUUCUGGUCUGUCCUGGGCUCUGAGGGCUUCAGCUCGGGGACUCACAGCUGGAACGUUGAGGUUGGAGACAGCACAGAGUGGACACUGGGUGUGUUAGAAGACUCUGUCGACAGGAAAGGCUUCAUACAGUCUGGAUUAUGGACAAUAGGGUUGUCUUUAGGUAAACGCAGAGCAGUCUCCCCGUUACAUCCACCAGCAUUCCUCAGAUGGAGGAGGAAGCUCCAGAGGAUCAGAGUGAAUCUGGACUGGAACAACGGAACGCUGUCGUUCUCUGAUCCUGAUACCAACACACACAUACACACCUUCACACACUGCUUCACUGACACGAUGUUUCCAUACAUCAACACCUGGUUGAAUCAGCCUCUGAAGGUGGUACCAGUGAAGGUCCAUGUGAGAGUAGAACAGUAACGCUUCAUUAUUUCAGUUAAAGAUUCAUUCUCACAUCCUGAGCUGACAAUUAACAUCAUGACUGAUUAAUCAACUGGUCACUUUCCUGAUUGAUCAACAGAUUGUUUGGUCUGGAUUUCAUCAGAAACAGUCAAACAUGUCCAUGAAAAUCACACAGAGAGGUUUUUUAUGACCAGCAGGCCAGAGCCUUAAGAUAUUUAAUGAAAGACAAAAAAGCAGCAAAUUUAACUAGGGCUGGCCUGAAUAGUGGUUUCUGGCCUCCGAAUAUUCGGGCCCUAUUAAAGACGAACAUCCAAAUAUCUGUUCCGUCCUGGGGGGUGGG